GUAAUCCACUUCAAGGAGCUUCCACGUAACACGAACCCUUUUCCAGGAGAGGCCUCUCCUCAGAUCAGCAAACUUCCUGCUCGCGGAGUCCUCCUGAUGUCACAUGACUCCGCGCUGCCGUCGUGCUGCAGCGCGGAAGGAAGAAGGUAGUUUUGUCUUGAAACAGUAACCUGCAAUGAAAACGUCCCCAAACGGCGCGGAAAAGUGAGCAGAGCCGAUUGUUGGGGCCACAGAGACACUGGACUGGGAUGCUGGGAUCAUCCGGCGCACAAAGGUGUUUCUCAAACUUGUGCUAUAAAUGCUGGAAUAAUGAAAUGGAAAAUCUUUGUCAAACCAUCUGAGGACUGGGUUCCAUUUAAUCGUGUUUCAAGAUUUUAACAUCUUCCUUGUGGACGAGGCUUAGCUGUGUGAAUAGUAUAAAGUCAGUCCUCUGUGCUUUGCAGAAUUCCCCCCCAGACUCUGUUUUAUGUCUGUCACCUCAGUACUUUACAGCCUAAUACAUGUGGAGAAGUUGGAGUAAAUAGUACACCGCAUUAAAACAGGACAGGAACGCAUCUGUUGUCCAGAUGAAGUGCUUCCUGAUAGCUAGCGAGAGUGCUGAGGUCCUGUUCUACUGGACUGACCUGGAAUUUCAUCAGAAUAUCCAGGAAAAGUAUGGAGCAUCUCAAGAGGAAGGCCACGAGCUUCCAGCCUUUGAGGACAGCAUCAGCACUUUGUUUGCUCCCAUCAUUAUCUCCUUCAGCACCAUGUUAUCACAGGGUGACAGCUACACAUCCUUCACCACAGAAAACAACCACAACUACGUACUGCGCCAGUUUGACGAGUGUCUGUACAUUGCUGUGAAUGGAGAUGGCGAGGAAAAGGAGGAAGAUCUGAGGCGGAAAAUCUACGUGAUGAAGAAGAUGACCGAAGUUUUGUUUGGCCUGGUGACCCUCAGUGGGAACCUCCUCAGGAAAGAACUGCGUGCUCAGGACACAGAGCAAAGGGUGAGACUGUGGAAGCAUCUCCAGAGCCUGCUGGAGACCUACAGCCACCUCCGGGAGAAUGAUCAGAGCUUCUUAGUGGAGGCAGUGGAGAGGCUGAUCCACCCCACGCUGUGUGAGCAGUGUAUCGAGUUUCUGGAGCGCCGUUUGGUUCAGCAGCUCAACAGCAGCGCAGAGAGAGCAGGAGAAGAAGUGCUGCAUGCCUUCAUCCUGGUUCACACCAAACUGCUUGCUUUCUACUCCAGCCGCAAUGCAAGUACACUCAGCACCUCAGACCUCCUGGCCCUCAUCAUCAUGGCACAAAAUAUGUAUCCUAGUAACAUAGAUGUGGAUGACCCAAGUCCUGAGGAUGCUGAGAGUACAUCUGGUUCUGGCCAUGAGAGCUUUUACACCCCAGAGCCCUCCCCUACAGACAAAGACUCAAGCAGUUCAGAAAAGCCAUUGAGAGGAAAUGCUCCUGUGUUUGAGUUUGUAGACCCAGACAUCCAGAUGGCAGAAGACAGCUUGAGUACUCUAGAAAUUUGUCCACCGGAUCCAUCUACCCCUCACAGAGUCUUCUUAGAGGUCUCACAAAAAGAUGUGGUGUAUCCCAUGAUGCCUCACUCCAUGUACUGCCUCCCACUCUGGCCCGGCAUCACACUGGUGCUACUAACUAAGAUUCCCUCUAGUGUAGUGGCCAUGUCUGUGUACACUUUUUUGGAAGCCUUCACCAAACUGGAGAGGCGUUUAAAUGAAGGUCAAGGAGGUUCUGCAAGAGGUCAGCCCAUGCAUGAAGUUCGCAGCAAGCUGGAUAAAUUCAUUAAAACGCUGGCACUGAGUGGGAUACAGUCCUCACAGUUAGAAAAUGUCUGGACCAAGUUCAAGAACAGAGCCUUUUCCAGAGGAGGGCUUGGGUUCAGCAAGGAGCUUAUCCCAUGGUGUAAGGAAAUGAAGAUCCAGCUGUGUGGUAUAUAUCGGCAGUGUUUUCUGUCUGACCCUGGACCAGCUGACACUCCUCAACGUCUCUCCCCCAGUCUGCAAGAACGAGCUCAGACCAUGGUGCAGGAGAAACUGAUGGACUGGAAGGACUUCCUAUUGGUGAAAAGCAAGAGGAAUAUCACCAUGGUGUCUUACCUGGAGGAUUUCCCAGGCCUCAUUCAUUUUAUCUGUGUGGACCGGUCCUGUGGCCAAAUGAUAGCGCCAUCGCUCAGCAUCACAGAGCGGACUACGUCUGAGCUGGGGAAGGGGCCAGUGGCUCAGUAUAUUAAAAGCAAGGUGUGGAGCCUGGUCAGCAUAACACGGCACUAUCUACAGAAGGGUUACUCCACUCUAACGUUGCGUGACGGAGAUUUCUACUUCUGCUACUUUCUCUGGUUUGAAAAUGAAACUGGCUUCAAGUUAGACACAAAGGAAAUACCCGCCCUACCUGAUGACUCAUCCCCCAUUGGGAUGCUUGCCUCGGACUACUACAGGAAGCUGCUCCGGUACUACAGUAAGAAUCACCAGGGUGAGCCAGUGAAAUGCUACGAGCUCCUAACAGUUCACCUGGGUGUCAUCCCCACUGAGAUCAUCCUCCAGCACUGCAGACAGCUGGCAAGCAAAUUAUGGGAACCUUCGCGCAACCCACUGCUGUAAACACAGACACGCUCUCACAGUGAGACAGAGUAGCCAUGGUACACAUGUAUGCAUUGUCAAGCACAAGAACAAAAAAAAACAUAAAUUCACUUUAAAUAUCAAGCGUGUCCUGCACCUGUUUCAUUGUUUGUUUUUUUACCCAAAAUUAUUUAUUGAAAGCACUUUGAUUAGUAUAAUCAAACACCAUUGUGCACUGUACACCUUGCCUUAUAUGAAGCAUGUUCCACUCCUGAAUUUUUUGGGAUAUUUUGAUCUAUUUUUGAACAUGUAUUUUGACCUAUUUCCUAUUUAUUAGUAAUAUAAAUAUUUGUGUAGUUAUUUUUUUCUUUUUAAAAUAUGUAAACAUUUUUUUUUUUUUAAGAAAUGGAACUACUGUCCAUCUUUUGUCUUUACUAACGCCAGCAUCAUAACAUGUAUCGAUGAAACAUGUAAUAGAAAUUAUGGUUUGCCUCUCGAUGUACUGUGAAUAAUUUUUGAGAAAAAAAAA